CUCUAGAUAAUGACAAUGUUUGAGUUUCAUAGUUUUAUGAUUUGUCUAUACGUAUCUACGACUCAUUCCUAUCGUAUACAAUGUCCAGAUAUAUCACAGAGAUCAUUAAGGGCAUCAGGAUAUUGCACGAGCAGUUUUAAAUCGAACUACACUUGUCUUUAUGAUACAAAUAAUUUUUCGUUUUUAGAACAGUGUAUCGAGGAUCCAGAUUAUGUUAAACCUGGUGAAAAAUAUGUAAUAACUGGAAGUCUCCGAAAUUUUGAUUGUUCGAAAAAACGAUAUCAGCCUUUCUCGUUAUGGUCUAAUGUUAGUGGAGAGUGUUUAUAUCAAAAGUCGCUAUGUAAAGAAGACGGUCAAGUGGUCUUUGAUAAUGGUUCGUCGACUAUAGAUCGAAAAUGUCGUUGCGAUUUUACUAAAGGAUAUAAAUUUGUCAAGCGACCAGAACAUAUUUGUUUUUGUAUACCAUCAGAAGAAGAUUGUUCUUGUAACAUCAUUAAAUGUGAUGUUGAUAGAAUUUUAUCAUCAGAUUAUGAAUGUGUCGAGGAAUCACAACAUGGAAAUUCGACAUGUCCUCCAAUAGAAAAUAAAAGCAACAGUUCGCAGUCUCAAAAAAUUAAGAGAUAUAGAGAGCAACAGAGAAGGGAACAACUGAGUAACGGUGUGAUUGUUAGUAUUGGCGUGAUUGUUCUGAUUAUGUUAUAUGCAGUGAUGGUUUUCAUCGUUCUCUGGACAAAACGAAAACAAAGUGAACGUGAGAAAGAUAACCGGUUGAAAAAAUACAUCGUGUUCAGUGCUGAAUGGAAUGAACUUACAAAAGCAACCUACAAAAACAACCUGUCGAAAGUAAAAAAAGAACUUCUCAAAGACGUUAAUAAUAGCGAUAUGGCGAUAUCAAUGAAAAUAGCAUGUAUAGCAGGAUAUACUUCAAUUGUAAAAGUAGUCUUACCUCAAUUUAUACUCAAAAACCUUACCACUUUAGACGACGAAGGUAAUACACCUCUAUUGUAUGCAAGUAUAGCUGGUAAGCUCAGCAUUGUCAAAUUAUUUUUGAAAAAUGUUAAUGAUAGUAGUAAUAAAGGCCAGACGCCUUUGAUGAAUGCAUGUAGAUAUGGCUUUAUUGAGAUUGUGGAUCUUCUUCUUACCUACGGGGCUGAAGUUAAUGUACAAAAUGAAAUGGGCGAAUCUCCUUUGAGUCUUGCUUGCCAACAUGACCGUGGUAAUGUUGAGGUUGUCAAAAUACUUCUUACCUACGGGGCUAAAGUUAAUGUACAAAAUGGAAAGGGUGAAACCCCAUUAAUUUUAGCUUGCCAAUCUGACCGAAUUAAUGUCAUUAACAAACUUAUUGAGGCUGAAGCUGAUGUGACUAUAUGUAACAAUGCUGGUGAAAGUGCGUUAAUGUACGCAUGUGGAAAUGGUACUUUAAAUGCGGUACGGAUUCUUAAUCGUACUAAAUGUAGUGUUAAUGAUGUUGAUACAGCAAAACGUUCUACGUUAUUACAUGCCUGCAGUUCACUUUCUCCUACUUAUCUAUACAAAACACUAAAUAUUAAGAAGAAACUAGUAGCCAUACUUUCAGGAACAAGCAAAUCAGUUUGGUCUAAACGACGUUCUGUUGUUACAAGAUUCCUAAUAAACAAUAAUGCUAACGUGAAUAUGGCGGAUGAACGAGGAGUGACACCAUUGAUGCUUGCAUGUCGGGCCAAGUGUGAAAUAAGUGUCGAUCUUCUUUUGACAAAUAAGGCCGAAAUUAAUGUAACUGAUAACAUAAAUAGUUCAAAUGCUCUUUUGUGGGCAAUGCAAGGAAACCCUGAUAUCCAUAUGAUAAAUAUAAUUAAAAUGUUAAUACGAAAGGACGCUGAUGUUAACAUUAUCGAUGCAGAAAAGAAUACUUCUCUUAUAAAUGCAUGUUAUAAAAUUAUUGAUGUUAAUAGAAGUGAAGAGUUCCUGGCAAUGAUAAAUGCUAGUAGAGAUUAUUGUGUACAAAUUGUUGAUUUAUUACUAAGAAACGGUGUUGACGUUAAUGCAAAAAACAAAUCUGAUGAAACCUCUUUAAUUGUGGCUUGCAAAGGUGACCAUGUGGAUAUAAUUGAGAGACUCAUUCAUGCAGGAGCUGACUUAAAAAGAGACGCUUUCAAUGCAUUCUGUGCCGCAUGUGAAUACGGUUCUUUUGAAUCGGUCAAGAUUUUAUAUCAAUUCAAGACAUUAGAUAUAAUAGAUUCAAGCGACCGUUCCUUGUUAUUUCACGCAUGUAGUGCACUUCAUUUUAAGUCAGUUUGUUCCCCUCAAUGUACUUCGCUUAUUGGUUUCAUUAUUGGUAAAUAUGGUGACGUGAAUAGAGCUGAUAACCGCGGCACCACACCGUUAAUGCUUGCAUGCCAAAACAAUUGUCCGAAAGCCGUGGAGGAAUUGUUAGCAAAUGCAGCCUCCAUAAAUGCAGCUGACAAAAUUGAUGGUUCAACAGCUCUAGCUUGGGCAAUGCGGUGUAAAUCAGAGAAUGAUAUAAUAGCAGUAAUCAAAAUUUUGGUAAACCAACACGCUGAUGCUCACAAAAGUAAUGACCAAGGAUUUUCACCUGUAAUGCUUGCAUGUGAAUCAAAUGAGAAAAAAAUAAUACAGGUGUUUCUUGACAAUGUGCAAGAUGAAGACAAAUGGAAACCUCUGCGCGUGGCAUGUAAAAAUAGUUUGAAAUUUCUAUACGAGCAGGAAAAAAACCCGAAAGAGCAAACAUGUCCCGUGAAACCAUUGACCGUUGAUAUCAUGAUAACUAUAAUAGCCGAUUUAGUCAAAUAUAAGCGUAUAGAAAUUCAACGAGUACUCGAAGCAGUCAAUUCCCAAAACGACACUGACUAUUUCGAAAACGAGAACAAGGAUGACGAGUCUGACAGAAAUGCGAUUAAUGAUAACAACAGCUCUGACAAUAAAUUGUCACCAUUAUGGAAAGCGUUCGAAAUUAACAAUAUGAAUUUAGUACGAUUGUUAAUCGAGGGUAAUGUUGACAUAAACAAAUGUAAUGGUAGUAAUGUCACACUAUUAAUGAAAGCAUGUGAGUUAGAUGAGUCAUAUAUCGACAUAUUGAAAUUGCUAAUUAAGAAAACUAAUGACAUCAACGCACGCAACAAAGAAGGCCAAACUGCACUUUUUAUAACGUGUAACAAAAGAAAUCCUAGCUUCAAAAUUGUUCAAUCUCUAUUUGAAGAUCAGUCUCUUGAAACUCCAAAUUGUACAAUUGGUAACAAUUUCAAUCGAACACCUUUGACGACACUUUUUCGCAAUUUUGAUGAAAAGAACAACAAUUUUACUGACAUUAUUAUCUAUCUUAUUAAUCAUUUCCCUGUGGGAUACGAUAUUGACCAUAAACUCUCUGAAGACAAAACGUAUUUGUCGUAUGCUUGCAAAUAUGCAAGUUAUAAAAUAGUACACUGUCUUUUACAAAAAGGAGCAAAAUUAAAUGAUUAUUGUAUAGAGAUCGCUAAACAACGAGGUGAUACGAAGAUAAUUGGUUUGUUACGGUCUUAAACUGUCAAAUUUGAAUAGCUACUUUUAUUUUGAAGUGCACGAUGAUACAACAUCAACAAUAUAAAGUUAUUAAAAUAUAAACGUGUGCAGCUUA